AUGUCAAAAAUCCGGCCUAACGACAAUACGAGCUUCCCGACUGGAUCAGCCGUUGUCGCGACCAAUAACAUCGCGACGAUAUACGAUCGAAAGCUGAAUACGGCUUACGAUAUGGUGAUGAAGCUGAAAAAGGAAAUAGAGCAGCAGAACGCUGAGGAUGUCAGGCUGAGGAAUCGGGAGCUUGAGGAGGACUUAGCCACGGCGAAAACGGAGAAGGCUUAUGUGAAGUCGUGGGCGGAUGAAGAGAUAGCACGGCUUAAAGAGACCUGUGCUAUUGAGGUAAGCAAUGCUGAGGCGGCCAUGCGGGCUAGGUAG